AUGCUAAGAAGAGAGCGCUGCAGAAAGAAGAGCGCAACAAAUCAAAGCCGCAGGCCCGCGCUCACCUUUCGCCUCUCCUCCUUGAGCCUGUACUUGGCGGAGAUCAUGGUGGGGCGCAUCUUGACGGGCGGGCAGGGCGCCAGCACGCCCACCCCGUCAUCGCCCUCGCACUCGCCCUCGCCCAGCGCCAGCCCCGCCGCCGCCGCCGCCGCCUCCUCGGCCUUCAUGGCGGCCGCGCCGCCGCCGCCGCCGCCUCUGCCUGCGGUUGCCCGACGCCCGGCCGCGCCUGCGCACGCCAGACAACACCGCUCGUCACACACCCCGCUCUCGCAGACGCCAGCGCACGACCGGGGAUACUUUGAAGGGUGUGUAUGGCACGUGCCAUGUCUACCAUACGCCUCUGCCCUGUCCACUUGGAUACAAAUUCGAGGGUGUGGCGGCACCGCGGGGUGCCCGGAAAAUGCUCCAGCUGUCCGAAUUGAGCGCGUGGACGACCCGAUUCGUGAACGGCCCCGCCGCCACCCACGCAUCCACCGCAUGCGUUCGCGCCUCGUGGUGCAACCCGAGCCAUUCAUUCGCCUGCCAGGCGGCGGGUGCACCUCGCGCCUCUCAACACGGUCUGCGCACGGCGCGGCGCGGCGCGGCGAGCGCAGGCCGCAACGCCGGCGGCGGCCCCGAGCCCCACAUCCCAACGAGGCCACUGCCAAAACGCCCUGCCACCGCCCCCCUCCUUCCCCCCCGCGCCACGGCCCCGCCCGCGCCGCUACUCGGCCAGCGUUGCCGCACCGCGCAUAG